CCUUCUCACACUCUUCACAUCGACAUGUUUCCAUCGAUGCUGCGGGGAAAUGGCUGGAGCAUGCGGAGACGACUCAGUCGAUGUGCCUCGUCAAGCCCGUUGGGCUUCGUGGGUUUGGGGAAGAUCGGCAGCGGCAUGGUGACCAACCUCGCCCAGGCGGGCGAGAACUUGGUGGUCUUCGACCCGAACGCCUCGGCGCUUUCAAGCGCAGUUGCACUGGGCGCCAGCGCGGCGACCAGCACGGCGGAGGUGGCGCAGCGCAGCGCCAUCGUCUUCUCUGCGCUGCCCGACGACCAGAUCCUCCGGAAAGCCACUGACGAGCUGUUGCCUGCGCUCGCCGAGCGUGGUGAUGGCGCGAUCCACGUCUCCUGCUCCACCGUCUCGCCCAACAUCUCCCGGGCCCUCGGGGAGGAGCACGCUGCGCGCAAGGUGGGUUUCGUCUCUGCGCCGGUCUUCGCACGACCUGAUGGCAUGAGAAGAGGUGAAGCGACCUUCCCAGUCAGUGGUCCUGCCUGGGCGAAAGAACAGGUGAUACCGCUGCUGCAGAAGACCGCACUGGGCGUGCACGACUUCGGCGAGGACUGCGGCGGGGCCAACGUAGUGAAGCUGGGCGGCAACUUCCUCAUCGCUGCCGCCAUCCAGUCGCUCUCCGAGGCUUCAGCAUUAGCCGAGAGCUACGAGGUGGACAGGGAGAAGUUUGUGUCCCUGAUGUCCUCCACCAUCUUCGAUUGCCUGAUCUACCGUGGCUACGGCCACCGUGUGGCCGCCCGAGAUCAUCAUCCCUACCCAGACGCGCAUUUUGCACUAGACCUCGGGAGCAAGGAUGUGGCCUUGGUCCACACUGCAGCCACGCAGGCGAAGUGCCCCAUGCCCAUCGCCUCCUUGCUGCGCGAUCGCUUCGUCGCCUCCCAGAACGCCGGGCGAGGCUCCUUGGAUUGGUCAGCGGUGGCGUUGAAAACCUCAGAGGAUGCGGGGAGCAAGCAGGUGGCCGCGGCGAUCGCGGCCUUGGAAAAAGGCCUUCCCUGAGGCUAAAGCAACUUCAUAAUAUUUCAGAAUUAUAUGUGACUGAAGGAAAGAUGCGGCAUACAUGCGGCAUGAAGGCCCUCUUGAAACAUAGUACCAUGUUCCACUUUAUGGUUGUUGAGUGUUGUUGCGGAGAGUGUAAUGUUGGUCAGAUUAACAGUGUUACAUUCAUCUCAAAAGCGUCUCAAAGCUGCCUGAAGUUUGUUUGGUCCGAAGCAGUAGAGAGCAUCUUCUCAGCUGGUAGCAAC